GCCUGCCACUAUAUUGUCAAUCUUCGUUAUUUCGAGAUGUCAAUCCUUCUUGUGAUCACCGCCAGCAGUAUCGCCUUGGCUGCUGAAGACCCUGUCAACACUAAUUCGGACAGGAACAAAGUGCUACGCUACUUUGACUAUGUAUUCACUGGCGUCUUUACAUUCGAAAUGAUAAUCAAGAUGAUUGAUCAAGGUUUGAUCUUACAUGAUGGCUCCUAUUUCCGUGACCUGUGGAACAUUCUGGACUUCAUAGUUGUGGUGGGAGCUCUGGUGGCCUUUGCUCUCACGAAUGUGAUGGGGAGUAACACAGGAAGAGACAUUAAAACCAUCAAAUCACUGCGUGUUCUCAGAGUAUUGAGGCCUCUUAAGACUAUUAAAAGACUUCCCAAACUUAAGGCCGUGUUUGACUGUGUGGUCACAUCGCUAAAAAAUGUCUUCAACAUCCUCAUCGUCUACAAGCUCUUUAUGUUCAUAUUUGCAGUCAUUGCAGUGCAGCUUUUCAAAGGGAAAUUUUACUACUGUACCGACAGUUCCAAGGACACAGAAAACGAGUGCAAGGGUUACUACAUUGACUAUGACAAAGACAAGAAAAAGGAGAAACGAGAGUGGAAGAGACGUGAUUUUCAUUAUGAUAACAUCAUCUGGGCUCUGUUGACUCUCUUCACUGUAUCCACUGGAGAAGGGUGGCCACAAGUUUUGCAGCACUCUGUGGAUGUGACCGAGGAGGACCGGGGUCCCAGUCAGGGAAACAGAAUGGAGAUGUCCAUCUUUUACGUCAUUUAUUUUGUGGUGUUUCCCUUCUUCUUCGUCAACAUAUUUGUGGCCCUCAUCAUCAUCACCUUCCAAGAGCAGGGUGACAAAAUGAUGGAGGAGUGCAGUCUGGAGAAAAACGAGAGGGCUUGUAUCGACUUUGCCAUCAGUGCAAAACCUUUGACUCGCUACAUGCCCCAGAACAGACAGACCUUACAGUACCGGCUGUGGCACUUUGUGGUGUCUCCUGUUUUUGAAUACACCAUACUGACAAUGAUCGCCCUUAACACCAUCGUUCUCAUGAUGAAGCAUCAUGAACCUAUUGACGGCUAUGAAAAUGUACUAAAAUACCUCAACACUGUGUUCACUGUUAUUUUCACUGUGGAAUGUGUUCUCAAGAUCCUGGCAUUUGGUAUUGUGAAUUAUUUCAGAGACACAUGGAAUAUAUUUGACUUCAUCACAGUUCUAGGAAGCAUCACUGAAAUUGUGGUUGACAAAGUCAAUGCAACAAAAGUGAGAACUCAAUCAGCUUCACAAACAAGUUUUAAUAUGGGCUUCCUGAAGUUAUUCCGGGCAGCUCGGCUGAUUAAACUUCUGCGUCAGGGCUACACCAUCCGUAUUCUGCUUUGGACUUUUGUCCAAUCUUUCAAGGCUCUUCCAUAUGUCUGCCUGCUAAUCGCCAUGCUGUUUUUCAUCUAUGCCAUCAUCGGCAUGCAGGUAUUUGGCAACAUCAAGCUAAAUCCAAAAAGCCAUAUCAACGAACACAAUAACUUUAAGACAUUUUUCGGUGCACUCAUGCUUUUGUUUAGGAGUGCAACAGGUGAGUCGUGGCAGGAAAUCAUGUUAUCGUGUUUAGGAGAAAAGGAAUGUGAAAAAGAUGAGUCUCUCAACAACUCAGCAACAAAUGAGAAAAAAGAUUGUGGUACCGACUUUGCAUACUUCUACUUUGUCUCCUUCAUCUUCUUCAGUUCUUUUCUGAUGCUAAAUCUGUUUGUGGCCGUGAUUAUGGAUAACUUUGAGUACCUGACACGUGACUCGUCCAUUCUGGGUCCUCACCACUUGGAUGAGUUUGUACGGAUCUGGGGAGAGUAUGACCGUGCAGCAUGUGGCCGUAUUCAUUACACUGAUAUGUACGAGAUGCUGACCUGCAUGUCGCCACCGCUUGGCCUGGGCAAGAAAUGCCCCUCCAAAGUGGCGUAUAAGCGGUUGGUUCUGAUGAACAUGCCAGUGGAUGAAGACAUGUCCGUCCACUUCACCUCCACUCUUAUGGCUCUGAUACGCACUGCGCUGGACAUUAAAAUUGCUCGAGGGGGUGAGGACAGGGGUCAGAUGGACAUAGAGUUGCAGAAGGAAAUCAGUGUCAUCUGGCCACACCUCUCCCAAAAAUCUCUUGAUCUGCUUGUACCCAUCCACAAAGCCAGUGACAUGACCAUUGGGAAGAUUUAUGCAGCCAUGAUGAUCAUGGACUACUACAAGCAGAACAAAGCUAAGAAGCUCCGGCAACAGCUCGAGGAACAGAAACAUGCACCGAUGUUCCAACGCAUGGAUGCAUCUUCACUGCCACAGGACAUUCUCUGCAGUGCCAAAGCUCUGCCAUUCCUGUCCCACAGUGCAGGAUCUGCCCUGAGUAGAGGUGGGUUUGUGGCACUGAGUCCCAUCUCUCCUCAAGAUCUCUUCAUGCAGCCCUUGGCCCAAGACAGCAUGGAAGACAGGGAUGAAUACCAACACCAGUAUCACCUUCAGAGUAUGGUGCCAGAGCACAAAGAAUUUAGCAGUGCGCUGUGCCCCACUAGCAUGCAGGCUGAUCCUCUGCAAGUGCCGGGGAGAGGCGUCUCUAUCCGAGCCUCUUCCAUGCCUCGCCUGGCGAUAGAGCCACAGGUGUCUUCAGAGAGCAAACUGAUGAAGCGCUCCUUCUCCACGAUCGGUGAUCAGUGUGUGAAUGGUGACUGGCAGGAAGAGUUCUCGCUGGAGAGGGUGAGCCCAGACCGUCUGGAAAGACCCAGGCAAAGAAGCUUCAGAGCUGUCAGGUCAAACCUGCGGGAGCCAGUGGACAAAGAGAGAGGACGGUCUAAAGAGCGAAGACACCUGCUGUCUCCAGAUGUGUCUCGUUGCAACUCAGAGGAAAGGAGUCAAUCCCAGGAGAGACGCCACUCUCGAUCGCCCAGUGAGGGCAGGAAGCACGCGACCCUCAGACAGGGAAAUAGUUCAGGCAGCCCAGUUCCCUCCACUUCUGAUUCAGGGACGCCUCGAGGGCGCCGUCAACUCCCACAGACACCUUCUCGGCCUCGGCCCCACAUCUCCUACUCUCCAUUAGUGUGCCGCGCUAAUCCCACACAGGGGGAGGUACGAUCACUGGCCCAGCCCACAGAAGAAGGGGAGGAACCAGCCGGGACUGGGCCAGGCACCGCCAUGGCCCACUCCACCCCUCACCGCUACAUCUCGGAGCCAUACCUGCCCCUGCAGGAGGACGUUAACAGUCCGGACUCAAGUAGUGUACAGGAGACUCUCACGUUUGAGACUGCCAUAGCAACCAGCCUGGGACGCUCAAACACCAUCAGCUCCGCUCCACAACUACGUCACACCUGGCAGGUGCCUAACGGACAUUUCCGUAAACGACUAGCGCAAGCCACGUCGGGGACGUCAGGCUGCGAGCUUCUCAGUGACACUGAUGAGGAUGACCGGUGUUAGAUUGAUGUUCGGAUUGAUGCCUCUGAACAUUGUGCCUGGAUUUAAGGAAAAAAAUAUGCCUGUGUGUGUUUAUUUGUGUGUCUGUGAAUGUGGAGUCUGAUCAGAGAUGUGUAAUCAUCUCAGAAGAACCAUACUAAAGAACUUAUUGUGGUGAAAGGACAGCAGCAAACAUGUUGAAAUGAUCAAGCAUGAGUACACUGAGGUUGAAGAUCAGGUUUUUGCCCUUACACUUUCUCUGAACCCACCCAUAGAUGAAGUGCUGGCUUUUUCAGAUCCAUCCAAAUGCAUCAUCAGGAUUUGGGUCUUGCCUGAAUACACUCAGGUUUCCAAACCUGCCUCAACAUACUGAGAUGUCCCAUCAGCAGAAAAUCUGUAUACUGCCAAUAAGGACAGCAUGUUCAGACACAGCAUUUACAUGGACCUUUCCUGGCACGGUAUGCAGCAUUGUACAUGUGGAUCCCACUUGUUUAUGAUUUUCAGAGGCUGAUGGGCAAAUGACAGAUGCGUUAGGGGGGCUUUGACAUCCUGAUUGUUCUGCUACCUGUGUCGGAGGUUUAUUAAGGAGGUACACACAACCAUACACUCCAAUACACACACUCAGAAUGUGAGCAGUGAUGUUCAGUCUGUCUAUGACGAGAGGUAAAUACCCCUUUAACUACAUAUCGUAAUAAUGACUGACAUUCCGUGAAGGUAACAGGGAUGUGAAGGGCCUGAUAAAUAGUGCAUGACAUUAAUGCAAGUGGAUCCAGGUGACUUCCUGGCCUUUAACAGUGGAGUCUAUAUGGAGGACUGUAUUGUAUGUAAAUAAUAUAAAUCCAGUAUAUGUACUGAGAAGUUUCCAAGCCAUGUUUUCUGUAAAGAAUCUAAAUUGUCUUAAAGAGGUUAUCUUUUGUGACACAAUGACCAAUCCCUGUCCUUUCUAUUUGUAAUGCAGUCUAUUUGAAGUGGUUCACAUAUACCAUGUUAUGUUUGACUUAUCUCAUUCUUUUCUAGCUGAUUAUUCUUGGCCCUUAAGAAAAUGUCUGAAGUUUCUCUUGGGGUGAAUCUCACAAAGACUGACAGGGUCAUUAUUUCACCGCAAAGCCAAGAGGAACAAUAAACUAUUAUAUUUUGUGGAAAGAAAAUUAAGCAUCCAAUAUGCAAGCAGCCAUUAUGAAUUUUUGCAUUGCUACGUAGAAUUGUUUACCUGUGCAGUAAAUACAAUACAAAAGUAAAAUGGGUUGCGAACAUUAUAUCAAAAUGCAAAAAAAAAAAAAAAAAUCUGGAUACAUUGCAAUCCUGAGAAUUUGGGGGAAAUAAUGUCCUUAAAAUAAUGUCACAAUGCAAAUAAUCUUAAUGGUACACAAAUAGGGAUUCUUGCUGCCUAUGCAAAUUAUAAUUUCAAAGCAACAACAAAAAUGGUAAGAUAUGACCUGUACAUGUUUUACUGUGAUUCACCCCUCUAGCUCUAUUAAAAUAAUGGGAAAGCAAUUACAGUGAGUGUUCGUUGCCUUCGGGUUCAUUUGUAAUGUUUAUUGUGAAUUUCCGUUUAUAGUUUGGCAUAGAAACUGAAUGAUUCUUGUAGUUUAAUUGAAGAGAAGCAUCACCUCCUUACGUGCUAGGCCUAGCAGAAAAGCUGCUCUUGCGAAUGCAUUAGCAAAGUUCAAAAUGUAAAUUUAGCCUGAAUAUGGUGAAUGGGACUGAAAAGUAGCUGUAGGAAAAGGGUGUAACAUAUAAUAUUAGUCUUUUGAGUAUCGUAACAGAAGUAUGGAACCAGUUUUAUUGGUCACCCAACAUGACUCAGACUGGUCUCCUCUCUCAGUUCCACACAAACGACACAAAAAAAACAAAAACAAAACUAAGAUAAUUAAAUAACAUUUUUGAAUUUAUAAAGAUCUUUGGUUAGUUUCUGUAUAUUCCAGCAUAUUAUUAUAAGCAUUUUAAAAUCAGUUGCCCCUCAAGAGAAUUUCUGUAUCAUGUGUUGUGUUGUAAUUUGUUUUCUUGACAUGUUCCUGAAUGUGAAUUGAGAGUAUUUGGUACUUGUUCUUCAUGGCCUGCUGGGGGUCGUUGCCUUGUAAAUUAUAUGAAAUAAAAAAAAGAUUC